AUGGCAAAGAAGAGAGUUAAUACCAAGACAAGGGUCUUGAAAAGAAGGGCACAAAAUGCUUUUGAAUUGGCUAACAAGGAAUUUGAAUCCGAUAAUGAUAGUGAAACUGGCUAUGAUUCUAAACACAGUAGAGCUCGUGCGAAUGGUGCAAUAGUCAACGUUAAACAUGGUAGUGAUGAUGAAGAUGAAGAUGCAAGUUUUCAAGAUGAAGAACUGGACUCCGAUGAAGCUUUCGGCUCGGAUGAUGAUUUCGAUGUGCUAAAUUCCAAGUUUUCGCAGACUAUUAGAGACAAAAAGAAGGCCGGCAAGUAUGUUCCUGAAGAAUACGAUGAGGAUGGUGGAUAUACAUCUAUUGAAGAAGAAGAUCUGCUUCCUUUGUCUGCUGUCUGGGAUGCAAAUGCAAAAGUUGAAAAUGAUGAUUCCAGUUCUGAUGAAGUCGAUAAUGAUAAAAUGCAGUUGUAUGACGGUUCUUCCAGCUCUGAAAGCGAAUCUAGUGAAGAUUUGAGUGAUUCAAGUGUCCAGGAAGAAGAAGAAGAUCCUUUCACUGGAAUUUCAGAUGAUGAAGUUGAGUUGACUACUGUUACCAAAGGCUUGAAGUCAACCACUGAAAAGCAGUACAAGAGACUGGAUACAUAUGCUGGUGGUGUAGAGAAUGAGUUUGCGGUACCUGCUGGUAGUAGUAAUCAUAAAUUAGAUUUGAAUGCAAUGCUAGGAGCAGUAGAUGACCAAGAAGCAGUUGACAAGGCGAUAUUGUUAAAAGGAGAUGCAAAGACAGUUGCAGUACCGCUGCCACAGCGUAUUCAAAAGAGACAUGAGCGUAAAGCUGCAUAUGAACUUUCUAAAAAUGAAAUGGAUAAAUGGCAGGAUACUGUGCAACAGAAUAGACAGGCAGAACAUUUGAGCUUUCCAAUAAAUGCGCCUGUAAAACACAAUGAAGCUUCUGCGAUAACACGUUCAAGUGACAAGCCUUUAACAGAGACUGAAGUUAAGGUUCAGGAGCUUCUGAAAACAAGCAACCUGGUAGAUCCAGUCAAGGAAUCGACCUUUGAAGAGAUUGCUACUGCUACCUUAACACCAGAAGAGAUGAAGAAAAGAACUGCUGAGCUCCGUUUAAUGAGAGAGCUAAUGUUCAGAGAGGAAAUUAAAGCCAAAAGAAUUAAGAAGAUUAAGUCGAAAGCAUAUCGUCGUAUAAAGAAGAAGGAGCUGAUGAGAAACAAAGCAUUAGUAGAAUCUGACGAAAGUGAUACUGAACAUGAUAUUGCAAGAGCGAGAGAAAGAAUGACUCUGAAGCACACUAAUCAAUCUAAAUGGGCCAAGGAUAUGAUAAAGCACGGCAUUACCAAGGAUAAGUCAACCAGAGAUGAGAUGGAGGAAUCUUUAAGACAGGGCGAACUUCUACGUGCGAAAAUCAUGGGCGAUGACAACAGUGAUGACGUUGGAAGCAGUAUUAGUGACCUUGAAGAUGAAGGACCAGGAAACCAGGAGGAAGAAGAACUCAAAAGAGCUUCUGUUGGUAAGACAGGCGUUUUAAACAUGGCAUUUAUGAAGAACGCAGAAGCUAGACAAAGAGAAGCGAACAGGGAAAUGGUUGAUCAGCUGCGUGCUGCUGAAAGCGAACAGAAUAUACGAUUAUUCGAGGAUGACUUUGGCACGGCAAAAGCUAAUGUUCAACUUAACCAAGGAAGAAGAGUUUAUACCGCGGAAGCACUUCAAUCACAUUCAGAGAACAGGGAGCUGAAUGAAGUAAUACAAAAGGAACAGCAGGAAGAAGAGUCCAGUAAUUUGCAGAAUCGUUUAUCUAAAGAUCACGAUAAAAAGAAGUCCCAGAAGUCUAAACCAGCGAAACAACCUGGUGCCGAGAAAAGCUCUGCGAAAUCUGCAGGCAAAGCUGAUAAACAAGAAUCUAACCCAUGGCUAGAUGGCAGUGACAGUGAGGAAUACGUUUUGAAAUCGUCAAAGGUUAACUUAAUUGAUGAAAACAGUUCUAAAGAUGCAAAGAAAGCAAAUAAGAUUGAGAAAGAUAAAGCAAAGAACACCAAGCCGAAAUCUGCAAAGAAUGGAGCCGAUGAGCUUCUCUUGGAUAUGCAAGAAACUAAUCGUCUGAACAUUAGAGAUACCAAUGUCGAUGGAAGCGAUGAUGAGAGUAUCUUUACUUUUAAACAGCAAGACGUUAUCAAUGAAGCAUUUGCUGGUGACGAUGUCGUUGCAAAGUUUGAAGAAGAAAAGAAGAGAGUUGCUAUAGAUGAAGAUGAUAAAGAAGUAGACACUACACUACCUGGCUGGGGCGACUGGGCGGGAGCUGGUGCUCAACCAAAGAAGAAGCGGAAGUUUGUAAAGAAGAUUAAAGGUGUAGUUGAGAAGGAUAAGAGAAGAGAUAAAAAUCUCAAGAACGUCAUUAUAAAUGAAAAGGUGAAUAAGAAAAACAUGAAGUAUCAAUCUACAGCGGUUCCUUUCCCAUUCGAAUCUAAAGAACAAUACGAAAGAUCAUUAAGAAUGCCAUUGGGACAAGAAUGGACGUCAAGGAAGUCGCAUCAAGACAUGAUCAAACCAAGAAUCAUGGUCAAACCCGGUGAAGUUAUCGAUCCAUUAAAAGCACCUUUUAAAUAA